GUCACCCUUUGCGAGAGCCAUUGUGAAGCUCAAAGUGGGUGGCUCCCAGCGGCUCCGUCCGUCGCCAUUUUGGCAAUCCCUGACUCCAGCUAAUCCAUGGGCAAAGAGUUGGAGCUGAGGUGGGCCGAAUGAAGCCUGGAACUUGCUGAAGCACCUAGCGGCAUGCCACCUGAGAGGGCACCCACCUAUCACUCAAAGCGACCUCAUCCUUAAUUAUGAAUAUAAUUUAAACGGGUUUGACCAACUGAGUACAAUGUUAUUACCGAAAGGAAUGAUAGCAAACGAAACUUUAAAGAGCGCCAAACUGCCCCUUUCCCUGGUUUACAGGAGGAACUUGCGGAGCGGGGGCUCGUCCAGCUCGGAGGAGGCGAGAGGAGGCUUCGGAGAUCCGGAGCACCGUCACCCCGAUAGCGUAUCCGUGGAGAGCUACGGGUCGGUAUGGGUGCGCUGACAAAGGGACGUUACCUCUCCAUGAUGGGCCUUCUGCUCCUUGUUUAUUGCACAGUAUCCGUGAUCUCCAAAGCAGCAGGCCUACCGGGACAGAACAGUGCUGAAGGACAAGUUGUGAUGAAUGGAGUGCCGAGCGUUAGUCUCCGCUUGCUGUGUCCUGUUCCGCCUGGAGGACCUCUCUGUCUCGCUGGUGCCACGGGGGAUGCUCAGCCUGAUGCCCUACCCUCGGUGCAGGGCACCCUGCCGCACUUCAUCCAGGAGCCAGAGGACGCCUACAUCAUCAAGAGCAACCCCAUUAAGCUGCGCUGUCGAGCCGCACCCGCCUUACAGAUCUUCUUCAAAUGCAACGGGGAAUGGGUGCACCAGAAUGAGCACUUUUCCCAGGAGUAUAAGGACCUCAACACUGGGCUGAAGGUGCGUGAGGUGAUGAUCAACGUGUCCCGUCAGCAGGUGGAGGAUUUCCACGGCCCAGAGGACUACUGGUGUCUCUGUGUGGCCUGGAGCCACCUGGGCACCUCCAAGAGUCGCAAGGCUACUGUCCGCAUCGCCUACCUGAGGAAAAACUUUGAGCAGGACCCCCAGGGGAAGGAGGUGCCAAUCAACGGGAUGAUCGUUCUGCACUGUCGCCCUCCAGAGGGAGUGCCCAUGGCGGAGGUGGAAUGGCUAAAAAACGAAGAGCUGCUGAGUUCCCUGACUGACGACAACAUCGACACCCGUGCAGACCACAACCUCAUCAUCAGCGAGGCACGACUGUCCGACUCGGGCAACUACACCUGUCUGGCCAGCAACAUUGUGGCAAAGAGACGCAGUGCCACAGCCACUGUGAUAGUAUUUGUGAACGGUGGCUGGUCCCUGUGGACGGAGUGGUCGGCCUGUAAUGUGCCCUGUGGGCGGGGUGUCCAGAAGCGGUCUCGAACCUGUACUAACCCGGCGCCUCUCAACGGCGGGGCUUUCUGCGAGGGCAUGUCUGUACAGAAGAUCACCUGCAACGCACUCUGCCCAAUUGAUGGAGGCUGGGACGAGUGGAGCGAAUGGACCAUAUGCAGCAGCCAGUGCGAGAGACAGCGGAGUCGGGAAUGCAACUCCCCAGCACCCAGGCACCGAGGCAAGAUGUGCGAAGGGAACAGUGAGGCCACUGAGAACUGCACAGAUGGACUGUGUACCCAGAAUCGAAAGCUGCUACAUGACGUUAAACCUCAAAGUAUGGACAGCUCCAAUGAUGUAGCUCUGUACUCGGGCCUGGGAGCCGGUAUCAUCGCUGUGGCAAUCCUCAUAGUGGCCGUCAUGUUGUACAGGAAGAACCACAGCGAGUAUGGCGUGGACGUCAUCGACUCCUCAGCGCUCGCCGGGGGUUUCCAGUCUUUCAACUUCAAGACCACCAGACAAGGCAACCCGCUGCUUCUCAACUCCUCGAUGCAGCCUGACUUAACAGUGGGACGGACAUACAGCACUCCCCUCUGCUUCCAGGACAGCGCAGACAAAGAGCUCUUUGACCCUCUGCCAGACAUCAAGGUCAAAGUUCAGAGCUCAUUUAUGGUUUCACUAGGUGUGGCCGAGCGGGCGGAGUUCCACGCCAAAGCCCCGUCCGAGACCUUCCCGCGGGACCUGAGCCGAGACUACUGCAGCACCGCAGACGGACGCAAGAAGGGCCUGCUCACCCUCAACGGGCCCUUCAGCACUUGCAAAGAACAGUUGAGGACCACCGGCAUGUUCGGCCACCCUGGAGGACGGCUGGUGGUGCCAAACACCGGGGUCAGCCUGCUGGUGCCUCAUGGAGCUGUGGCUGAAAAUAUGUCCUGGGAGAUGUACAUGGUGAUCAAUCAGGGAGAGGCAAGUGUCCAAACACUGGAAGGCUGUGAAAUCCUCCUGGGCCCAGAGGUGAUGUACGGUCCUCCGGGCCUGGACCUCUUCUGCCCAGUGGCCAUGACCAUCGCUCACUGCGCAGAGGUGGAUGCCGAGAACUGGAACAUCCAGCUCAAGAGGAAAACCCAGGACAGCAAAUGGGAGGAAGUGAUGUCGGUGGAGGAGGAGUCAACUUCCUGUUACUGCCUGAUGGACUCGGCGAGCUGCCACCUGCUGCUGGACCAACCGGGCUUGUACGCCCUAGUGGGUGAGCCUCUGACGCAGGCUGCCGUCAAGAGGCUGAAGUUGGCUGUGUUUGGGAGCAUGGAGGCCGGCUCCAUGAGCUACAGCCUGCGUGUGUACUGUGUGGACGACACGCCACACGCCUUUCAGGGAGUGGUGGCUGCAGAGAAGACCAGAGGGGGUCAGCUCCUCGAGGAGCCAAAGAUGUUGCCUUUUCGAGCGAACACCUUCAGCCUCCAGGUGUCCAUCCAGGAUGUUCCCCAGUUCCUGUGGAGCAUCAAACCCUUUACCACAUGUCAGGAGUUCUCCUUCCCCCAAGUGUGGUGCAGCAACCAGCAGCCCCUGCACUGUGCCUUCUCUCUGGAGAGAUACAGCCCAGCCACCACCCAGCUCUCCUGCAAAAUCAGCGUGCGGCAGGUCAAGGGCCACGAGCAGAUUCUGCAGGUCUACACGGCUGUGGCCGAGACCGAAAAGGAAUCAGUUCCAUUUUUUAUGCAGACAGACUGCACCAUCACGUCCCAGACGGGGCCCAAGGCCUUCAAAAUCCCCUUGUCCAUCCGCCAGAGAAUCUGUGCCACCUUCGACACUGCCAACGCCAAGGGCAAGGACUGGCAACUCUUAGCCCAGAAACUCCACUUAGAUCGAAACCUGGGUUAUUUUGCAAAGCAGCAGAGUCCGUCGGCGGUCAUACUGAGCCUGUGGGAGGCUCGCCACCAGGACACUGCUGACCUUGACUCUCUAGCCAGCGCCCUCGAGGAGAUUGGCAAGAUCCACUCCAAAAGCUCCCCAAAGGACCAGGAUGAGCCGGAGUCUGACUUCAGUCACAUACAAGCGGGCAGUCUGUGCGGAACGGGCAAACUAACAAAUCAGAAGACAGAGGACUCUGAAUAUACAGGCUGAGUGAAAAGAGACAGUGAGUGAAAACUGAUGAACUACGGCAUAUAUCUGUGUACACGCACAGCCAGUGAUGGACAACAUACGUGGCGGUGCGCUGGAAGGUCAUCAGGUUGUGUGUGAGUAGACAGUGCGAGCAGUCAACAUGCCGACCAAUCACAACAGGUCGAGGUGAGCCGGUACCUGUUGUGGAUCUACCCCUCUCUUUUAAGAAUCUGUCUGAGGAUGGACUGUAAAUCUUUUUCUGCCUUUCCAUUUGAUUUUUAAGUUAAUGUUUAAUUUAGUUUUUCCUUAUUUUAAGUUAAAGCUGCCCAUCUGUAUAUUCAUUUUCCAGUGCAGAGGGUGUGUGGUGGAGGAGGAAUUAGUGUGGCAGGGUAUUUCCUGAACUUUUGUGGCCAUUAUUUUCUGAAUUUGUGUUAGAAGAGAUGGGAGCUCCCUUUUUCCCCCUGGGACUGUCCCUGCCAUCUCCCCUCCUUUUCCCAGUGGUCCACACGGCAGCUGGACAUAUUUGCAUAGACAUUCUUAAUAUGCAAAUAAGGUGAUACAACUGUGGCGUCAAUUCAGAGACACCUGAUCUAAUAUCUUUUUUUCCCCCACACCAUAUCCCUGUGUCAACGAAUGAAUGAGCUACUUUUUUGACGUAUUAUAUUUUUAAAAGGAAGCUGCUGAUUGCUUAAAUGUUGUGGUUGUGAACUUUCAAAGCCAAGUAUCUUUAAAUUCUCCCAUUUUCAUCUCCUAAAAAAAAAAUCUAGUAUAUUGGAAGUUUGGCACUUCUGAUAGACAGCAGUGAUGUAAAAUCAUUUAUACACAAAAUCAUAAAAAAUAUAUAUAAUAUCAGCCCCAGUCUAACCUUGAAGGACAGCAUGGUCAGAGAGUGGCUUCUCAUGUGUUAUACAGAAAAAAACAUGGUUGUGGCGUAACGUGGCAGAUUGAGAUUUCUAACCGUAGCAUUACAGUUCAUUACAGUUUCCUCCACCAAGAGAUAGAGAGGGAGGAAGCUGUAAAACAUCAUUUCCUGGCACCGCAGGAAACGUAUCGCUGCGUCUUAUCACCCAAUUCCCACCAUUAACACCCGUCACAUAGACCUCAUAUCAGGCCCUGACACACCCGACUGCCCCCACCACCACCACUUCCCCUCACCCCUAACACACACAUGCAGACACACAUUGACAUUUUAUGGCUACAGAGGUCAUGUGCACAUCACAUGGACUGGGAGUUUGUAUAUUGUACAACAAACAAAAAAAGGAGUCAGUGUCAGAAAUACAACACGCAGUCACAUAUCUGUUCAAAUCAACACCAACACACACAUCCUACUGAGAGAAUGAUAAGGGAAAGGAUGUUCUGGGCAUGUGAGGCUUGAAAUCAAAAAAGCAUAAAAAAAAAUUUGGUAUUCAACCACUGAGGUAAUGGUAAAUGAAAGGUUGGCUUACAGUACUGUAUGACCUGCUGUGUUGAAUCGCCAAAAAGGAAGAAGCCACCAAGAUAAACAAAAUCUGUUGUAGUUUAAGAAAGCCAUUAAAACCUGAACACACUCCCUGAUUUUGUUAUUGUACCCAAAUGAACCAGUCAGAGCUUUAGCCAGCGUUUCGAGGGCACUCAUUGUCAUUGAGGUAAGAAUUUGUGUAACUGAAAAUAACAUUUUAAAUCCUUUUUACAUUAAAUAUAUUCAGCAACAUGAAGCCUUCAUGCUGCUGAGAGGUUUACAUACUGCACCUCAAAUAACAAUGGGUCUCUGCCUUCACUCUGCCAGAGAGACUUAACCCUGGUGGUAUCUAGCCAUGCAAAUAGAGUUGUUUUAUUUCCCCCCACGUUUUGAGAUAUCUUCCUCUGAGAUUUCUGCCUCCACCCUGGGUGAAUGGAACUUCAUUUGUGGUGCUCACAGUAUUGAAAAAUGACAUUGAAAAAAAAUCAUAGUGACACAUCUUUGCAGGCACAAUGUCCUGGUUACUCUGGAAAAUCCACAGAACAUACUGUUAACAGUUUUCAUACGGACUAUUUCUUAUGUAGAACAUAGCAUCACAAAUAUAAUUCCAUUCACCUCCAUUGUACUGGGGUAGAGGCAGACAUCUCAGUGGCAGAUAUCUCAAACCUGGACAAAUAAAAAAGCAAGUAUAUUACGUGUAGGCCUAUAAGUAUAUUCUGGUUUCCUAAUAUAGUAGGCAAAAUGACUGACUCGCUAGUUUAUACUCAAACACAGGAGAGCUCACAGACAGACAAAGAGCUGAUUGACAGCAGGAGGGAAGAUAUUUCAGAAUGUUAUACAGUCAUUCUCACAUCUGCACCUUUGUCUGAAGUCUUAGGAAGUGUUUUCUACAUGGAGAUUAGCCUCAUUUGUGACCUCAACAAUCCGUACAUUCCUCUGUAAUCUGGUCACACAGCAUUACGCAGACAUUAGGGGGAAAUUGUUAUUUUCGUGGACUUACAGAUGUCUGUCUGCCCAACAUAGUAAAAUGUUUGCUUGGGGUAAAACCAAGGUUUAACUCGGACUGCAUUGGCUGCUGCCUCAACCUGCUAUAAGCUAGUACAGUAGACUAAAUGUUCCAGCGAAGAAGAGCAGCAGAGCGGAAGGGCACAGUAGGUGAUUAUAUUGGAUUUAAACAUUGGUUUUGCCCCCAGAUACAUUUGACGAUACAACUGCAUAACAGGUAAAAAAUAGCAUUUUGAUUUUUCCCACACUUUUACGUAGGGCACACUAUGUUAGUAUGUGAUCAGGCUGUGACAAGCUAACAGACAGAGUGCUGAUGUCACAAAUGGGGCUACAUGUACUGUAGGUCCGUGUUGGUAUAACAAGUAGAGCACUUUUUUAAUGAGGGUAUAAUUUAGCAUUUGGUGUAAAGCUGCGGCUGCGGCUGCAGCUACGCACACGCCCCUUGGAUCGGGGUGUGGGUUGCCAGGUUGCGGUAACAGAUGGGUUGAAAUUGUAUAUAGAUUGUGUUUCAUAGACGAUCUGGCAUCUUGGGUGACGUCAGACAGGCAUCCAAAACUUGGAUCCGUGUAUUCAUAAUAAAGUUUGAAGGCCAUGCAAAUUACAGGAUUUUCCUGGCAACAACAAAACGGGAGGGUGACGGGAGAUGGCCUUGAAAUACGGGGAAACCCGGGAAAAACGGGAGUGUUGGCAGGUAUGAAAAAAUCAUGAUGUACAUGAAGCAUGUGACUUAAAUGAGACUAAAAGUAGCUGCAGACAAAAACAUGAGAUCUGUGUGGUGCAAUGAGGAGACUAUAACCUUUCCCAAAAUUUAAACAUGAAACAAUCAUAAUAGUAUACUUCCAUAUAACAUAUCACAUUUACCACAUUGUUUUCCAUCGUUUGAGGUUUGACAGGUACAAGUGGCAACUUCCGGGGCUGAAAAAUGGAGUAGGGUAUCUCUGCAGACCGGAGACCCUGAAUGGGCGGGGUAACUGUCAACAUUUUUUUUUUAUUUGGCCAAUCAGAGGCUUACAAUCCUCGAAACGAAUUUCACCAAUAUGCAGCUAAUCAUCUUUCUCUUAGGAGAAGGGGGAGGUUCGACACAAAGAAGCAAAGUUUUCAGUUCUAGUCAAAGGAUUUUAAUUAACAUUUUAAAGCUGAAGUAGACAACUUUUGAUCAUAACAGAAUAUAUUAACUAUAAGUACUUCUCAUUUUAGAAGUCACAUGUCGUAAGUUUAUUAGAACAGCAUUUGUGUGAUGUUGGAAGAUAGAUGCUGGUGGGUAAUGAGCUACCACAGGCUGCAUGCAGUAAACUGCAAGUUAAUGUUAGUUAACUCGCUAAUGUCUAAGGGAAAUUACAGUAGUGAGCUAACAGGCUAAAAGGAAUACAGGCAGGGACUCUGGAAGUCAGUCACAGCUGGGGGAGAUAAGGUUAGUCUAUAUAAUGACAUCAUCCUAAAUGGUGCGCGAUAUUCAUGUUUUUUAUUCAUUUAAAUGGCCAGAAUAACUUAUAUCUAAUAGUUUUAACAACAAUUUGAGAAUGUUUUACACUACAGCAGACAGUAGCCUAAACUUUGAAUACCAUCAUACUGAACCCCCUUUCUUAGCAUUUAGAGAAUUUGAACAGCUCUUAUCAUGGCUGCCACUUAAAUACUUCUGGGUCAUUUCACUCCGUUAGGAACCUUCCUGAGCAAAAAAGACUAUUCGACCGCAACCCACCAGUCUGCAGAGAUACAAACUUGGAAAAAUUAAGCAAACGCGGAAGUGCCAAAAACUGCAGUUCCUCGAAUGUCCACUUGAGGCUGGCUCCAAAAGCGAGUCAGUCCCCAUUAACCCCAUGUUAAAAUGCUCAAUUUCACAGCAGAAAUAAACAUGUUUUAUGGGCGCAUUAAUUUCGCAGAUUUUCUGUAAAUUCUAUUAGAAUUUGAGCUACAUUUGAAUGGAAACCUGGCUUAUGACACAAUGCCAUCUUAUUCACUAUGACUCCUCUUUAAGUAAAGAUAAGAAAAAAAACAUGCUUAUUAUGAAUCCUCAAGGUGAGGGUUUUUAUGGUAAACAUCAGUAAACCUAGUGGUUUGAGUCUUGUGGCAUUUCACAAUCUCACCAGUACCUAAAUUCAGGACUAAUCACAAUACCUGGAACCAUGUGCAAACAUACAGUAUAUAAGUAGGCUUAAUGUGGUAUAAAUGAAAGUGUUGGCUUGAAUCUGCAUUCUGUCUUGCACACACCACUUGAUUUUGUUGUAGCAACUAGUCAAUAUUUGCUUUUAUCCACACCUGACUCUAUAGUGUCCACAAAUUCCAAAUAGUCUCUCAGAGCUGAUACUUCGAAUCUCAAAUUGUAUUAAGAAUCAAAAACAGUGAGCAAGAAAAUUCUGGAAUUUUGGCACACUAUUGGAUACUAUAACAAAAUCAGAGACCAUUUCUUCAUCUUUAAAUUGGUAAACCACGACUGACUUGAAUAACUGAUUUACAUUUUAACAUGAAUAAAGUUAGGUAAAAUCCAAGCUGUCGGCUAAAUAAACUCAUCAAUCUAAUCAAAAACAAAUCUAAUUUCUUGUCUACAAACCAAUUUCUUCAGCAUUUCUAUUCUAACUUAAAUUCUGUUGGCUAUUUUUAAGAGAGCUAAAUGUAUGAAUAUGAAAUAUGAAUAUGAAAGAGGCUUAUCAGGAAUGAUAUGGUGACUUUGAUGAGUAUUUCUGACCUGAUAUAUGUGAAUGGAUUCAUUCUGCUAUGAUAAAGAACCGUUUUAUUUCUCUGCAUCAUCUCUAUGUAUUUCUAAUCAAAUUAUAUUCAUCUUUUAUGUAAUUUAAGCUGGUAAGUGAAGAAAGUGAAGGGUAAUCUUUUUUUUCCUCAAUAUGAUUGUUUCCUUAAUUGUGACUAACUGGAUUCUCCUUUUCAUUCCUGCAAGCAAAGAGUGUCAAAAAUGGAAAUGUGUGCUUUUGUAACGCGUAGCGGUGGCUUAUGUUGCAUCGAGAGCAUCCUGUCUGUGCGGUACACCCCAUCACACUCAACAUUCACCUUCAUUCUGGAUGUGUUUCAGCUAUGUCUACUGUAUCUCAUAAACGUGUUGAAAUUCUGUUUUUUAAAAGUGAGCUCAGACACACACAUACACAAACGUAUUCUCACUAUGUAUAAUGCUUUGGUGUAAGACUAACCCUGUUUCAUAAGAUUAAAAGUUCACUGUUGCGUCCAUGAUUUUCUGUCACCUGAGUUGGUCGGUCUCAUGCUCUUUUUUUACUUCACGCAUGGCCUUUGGCUUCAUAUCACUAUUCUUGUGCCUUGUUUAACUACUGUAAAUGGUGAAUGUUGUAAAGUACAGAUGGGGAUGAAAAAAAUAACAAGUAAUCAUACUGACACACAUUUAAAGGUAUUAGUUGAAAAAGUAUUUAAGAUUAUAAUAUUGAAUAGGCUGCAGAGCUUUUCUAGUGCUGAACAUCUAUGUUUGGUAAUGCCAGGGCAGCUUUGUGGUAUAUUGUAUCUAUAAUUAUGGACAUUUUGGAUGUUUUCUGUACAGUAGAAUUUGCAAAUGUAUAUGCAGCCUUUUGGAAAUAAAUGUACAGUUUAAAGAUC